AAGGAGGCAGCGGCAUUGCUGACAUAUUGAAUGUAUUUCCGGGUAGUGCCCCAUGCUUGGCACCUCGUGUGUAUUGAGUACUCAUACAUUGAGUACCUGGUAGAGUUGGGAUUUGAACUCAGGCUGUGAUUUUAGUACCUGAUUGUGAAAACCACUUUGCUAGGUUCACUCCGUAAUCCAAUAAUAGUGAUGAUGCUGAUCCUAAUCAUGAGACUCCAGUAACAGCUGUUGUUCCCUGAGCUCUUAUUCUGAGCUAAGUGUUUUCUAAGCACCGUCUCACUGAAUCUGUCUUACAGGCAUUCUCAAAGGUUGGUAUAGUAGUUAGUCCAUUUAAGAAAGAGACAGCUGAAUCCCAUCGCCCACUUAGAGAGAGUUGCCUUCUCUGUCCAAUCCGUGGAUGUCUGACUGUUGAGGGAGUGUUCAUAAUUAAGACUGCUUGCCAGCUCAUCAGAAGAGUUUUGUGUUUGGAGAGGAAAACUAAGUCUUAGGGUUUCAUCAUCAAGUAAUGUAUUUCAGAAAGCAUGUUCUAGAAUAGCACUCUCCUGGGACUGCCAGGGGUCCAGUGUAACUCUUUCCUGAACAAUGGAAAAAGACAAUAAAACCUGGGGUCCAGGAAGAUGUCCCCCCAAUUUCUGAGGCAAUAGUAUAUAAACAUAGUUAGUUAUUUUUAUGUGGUUUGUGUCCAUGUGAGCGUGUGUGAUGUUUUAUGACAUUGACUAGGACAAGGGAAUCAUGCUUCAGAAUCACCUAGACUGUUGGGACUAGUCUUUUGUUCUUCCUGUUUUAGUACCGAUUGUUUUCUAAAAUAUGUUUUUAAUGUCUGCCUUAUUGAGUUGUAACAGUGGUUUUAAUGGGCUUUCCGUUUGGAGGGAGUUUUGCAGGCAGCAAGGAGAAGGGACUCACAGGGCACAGACUGCAUCUUUUUUAUCCCUUCCUUUAGUGACUGGCCAUGUCGCUGUCCCACUUGUACCGGGACGGGGAAGGCCGCAUGGAUGAUGACGACGACGAGCGGGAGAACUUCGAGAUCACCGACUGGGAUCUCCAGAAUGAAUUCAACCCCAACCGGCAGCGCCACUGGCAGACCAAGGAAGAGGCCACCUACGGAGUGUGGGCAGAGCGAGACUCGGAUGAAGAGAGGCCCAGCUUUGGAGGCAAACGGGCCCGUGACUACUCAGCGCCAGUCAACUUCAUCAGCGCAGGGCUCAAGAAGGGGGCAGCAGAGGAGGCGGAGCUGGAAGAUUCCGAUGAUGAAGAGAAGCCUGUUAAGCAGGAUGACUUUCCUAAGGAUUACGGACCCAAGAAGUUAAAAACGGGAGGGAAUUUUAAACCCAGCCAGAAAGGCUUUGCUGGCGGAACCAAGUCUUUCAUGGAUUUUGGCAGCUGGGAGAGACACACAAAAGGAAUUGGACACAAGCUUCUCCAGAAGAUGGGCUAUGUCCCCGGGAGGGGCCUCGGGAAGAAUGCUCAAGGUAUCAUCAACCCGAUCGAAGCCAAGCAGAGAAAGGGCAAAGGCGCUGUGGGGGCCUACGGCUCCGAGCGCACCCCCCAGGCCCUGCAGGACUUCCCCGUGGUCGACUCAGAGGAGGAGGCCGAGGAGGAGUUUCAGAAGGAGCUGAGCCAGUGGAGGAAAGACCCCAGCGGAAGCAAGAAGAAGCCCAAAUACUCUUACAAGACCGUGGAAGAGCUGAAGGCCAAGGGCCGGGUUAGCAAGAAGCUCACCGCCCCCCAGAAGGAGCUUUCUCAGGUCAAGGUCAUAGACAUGACGGGCCGCGAGCAGAAGGUGUACUACAGCUACAGCCAGAUCAGCCACAAGCACAGCGUCCCCGACGACGGGCUGCCGCUGCAGUCGCCGCAGCCACCGCAGCCCGGCAAGGAGGCCAAGGCCCCGGGCUUCGCGCUGCCCGAGCUGGAGCACAACCUGCAGCUGCUCAUCGACCUCACGGAGCAGGAGAUCAUCCAGAACGACCGGCAGCUGCAGUACGAGCGGGACAUGGUGGUGAACCUCUCCCACGAGCUGGAGAAGAUGUCGGAGGUCCUGGACCACGAGGAGCGGCUCAUCUCCAACCUCAGCAAGGUCCUGGAGAUGGUGGAGGAGUGCGAGCGGCGUAUGCAGCCCAACUGCAGCGACCCCCUCACCCUGGACGAGUGCGCCCGCGUCUUUGAGACCCUGCAGGACAAGUACUACGAGGAGUACCGCAUGUCCGACCGCGUGGACCUCGCCGUGGCCAUCGUCUACCCACUCAUGAAGGAGUACUUCAAGGAGUGGGACCCCCUCAAAGACUGUACUUACGGCACCGAGAUCAUCUCCAAGUGGAAGAGCCUCCUGGAGAAUGACCAGCUCCUGUCGCACGGCGGGCAGGACCUCUCGGCGGACGCCUUUCACAGGCUCAUUUGGGAAGUCUGGAUGCCUUUCGUUCGAAACAUUGUCACCCAGUGGCAACCAAGGAACUGUGACCCAAUGGUGGACUUUUUGGAUAGCUGGGUGCACAUUAUCCCCGUGUGGAUCCUAGAUAACAUCCUGGACCAGCUCAUCUUCCCCAAGCUGCAGAAGGAGGUGGAGAACUGGAACCCACUGACGGACACGGUCCCCAUCCACUCCUGGAUCCACCCGUGGCUGCCCCUCAUGCAGGCGCGCCUGGAGCCACUCUACUCCCCCAUCCGCAGCAAGCUGUCCAGCGCCCUGCAGAAGUGGCACCCCAGCGACUCCUCGGCCAAGCUCAUCCUGCAGCCCUGGAAGGAGGUCUUCACACCCGGCUCCUGGGAAGCAUUCAUGGUCAAGAACAUAGUGCCCAAGCUGGGGAUGUGUCUUGGGGAGCUGGUCAUCAACCCCCACCAGCAGCACAUGGACGCCUUUUACUGGGUCAUCGACUGGGAAGGGAUGAUCUCCGUCUCCAGCCUCGUGGGCCUUCUGGAAAAGCACUUCUUCCCCAAGUGGCUUCAGGUGCUGUGCUCCUGGCUCAGUAACAGCCCCAAUUAUGAGGAGAUCACCAAGUGGUACCUGGGUUGGAAGUCCAUGUUCUCAGACCAAGUGCUGGCACACCCGUCCGUCAAGGACAAAUUUAACGAAGCACUUGACAUCAUGAACAGGGCCGUGUCCUCCAAUGUGGGGGCCUACAUGCAGCCCGGAGCGCGGGAGAACAUUGCCUACCUCACCCACACGGAGCGGAGGAAGGACUUCCAGUAUGAGGCCAUGCAGGAGCGACGGGAGGCUGAGAACAUGGCCCAGAGGGGCAUUGGCGUGGCCGCCAGCUCCGUGCCCAUGAACUUUAAGGACCUCAUUGAGACCAAGGCCGAGGAGCACAACAUCGUCUUCAUGCCCGUCAUCGGGAAGCGGCACGAAGGGAAGCAGCUCUACACCUUCGGCCGCAUCGUCAUCUACAUCGACCGGGGAGUGGUCUUCGUCCAGGGCGAGAAGACCUGGGUGCCCACCUCCCUGCAGAGCCUGAUUGACAUGGCCAAGUAGAGGGCGGCCAGCGGAGCACACCCCAGAGGGACAUGUUUAUGAAUAAACGAGAUUUUAAACCAC